AUAUAUUUCUUGACAAUAACACUAAAAAUAAUUCCUUCAUCAGAACACUGAUGACACUGUCAGCUGAUUCAGCUCGAAGUUAAUCAGUACAUUUCUGUGUACUUUGCCCGACAGUGAUGUUGUUAAACCUGACAAAGCGCCUAAAAGCAAAAGCAUCAACAACAACAAAGGGAAAGCUGCUGCUUGGUUAAUACGGUGAAACAACAUCAGGGCUAACGUUAGCAGAUGUGAGCUUACAGGUCGAUAUAAAAUGGCACCAAGCUAUGCUUUGCUUGCCAAGGAGGCCAUUGUACUGCUCGAUAAGUUCAGUGCAGGCAGACAGUUUUUGGAUGACUUCAUUGAAGAUGCUUCAAAGGAUCUGCAGAACAUGGACACUCUUCAGAAGAAGUUCAUACUUGAUAUCGUUUCUGGAUGUGCCGAGCAGAACAAGUUACUGGACGCAGUUAUCAAUGUAUUCUAUGGCCAUAAUGGAAAGUGCAUAUCCAGAGGUGAUCGCAGCCAGUUUGCCAUUAUCUGUUACCUGGCCAUUUUUGCCCUUGAUGACAUUGGACUACAGCAUUUUAGCAAAAUUGUCAAAUCUCUGGACAUCAAUAAGAUGCACACGUUCCUGGAUUUCUUCUUCACAAACCUCACCACAUGGAUACAAGAAGAAUGGAAUACAAUCUAUGAUGCUGCCUAUGUUGAGAAACACUGGAUUGGUCCUCUGCUAAGAUGGCGCCCUGAGAUCAAUAUUUUCUUGGACCAGCUUUCUCUGAAAAUAUCUCAAGGGAAUCAGAUCAAAAAAGCCCCGGCUAAAACCACCGAGCCCAAGGAGUUUUCUCUCACCAAACCUAAACCUUCAGCUCUCCCUCUGCCUGAGCUCAUACCACAGCAGGAGAAAUGCAAACCAGUACCAAGUAGCACUUACAGGCCUCCUAAAGAGAUUCAGAUGAUAGAGGAGAUCAAACAGAAGAACCAUCAAAAGACUGAGGAACUGCUCUAUGAAGCAAACAUGAAACAGUUCAGAUGCGGAAACAUGCAGAAGUCCGAACACACCAAGAAAGUAGUGUCUCAGAUUAGGGAGGAUUUUGAUUCAAAACUAAAGUUCAACUCAUUUCAGUCCUCUCGAUGUCCUUCCAGAAAAAAGACUAACAACUGGCCCAUCAAGCUUAAUAGUGCUGCAAUCCUGAGGCAAGGGGCGCUAUUUGACCGUCAGGCUGAGGAGGAGCUGCAAAGAAUGGAGCGUCUUGUGGAGGGAGGCCGUGAGCCAUCGUCCUUCCUACACUGGCAGAAGGAGAUGCGUGAGAGGGAUCUUCAAGAGGAGCUGGCCGCCAUUGAGCGCAGACGUUUGGAGGGACGCAUUAGUUAUGAAGAGGCAGCCAUGGCACGCACGCACUUAAUGGAACGCAACCAAAAGACUGCUCAGCUAAAGAAGGAAGAGACUGCUGAGCUGAUGAGGAAAUACGCUGAGAAAAGGCUGCAAGAGGAAAAAGAAAUGAGAGGCCUGGUGCAACAAGUAGCAGAAGGACAUAAGAACUCAAAGGCAGCUAAAGAGAGGAUUCAGAAAUUCAAGCAAAGUAUAGUGAAAGAAGUCUCGGAGCAAAGUCGAGAGCUCCUCCGCCAGGCACUAGAGGAGGCACAGGCUGAGCUAAGCAGGAAAUUUGAAAUCAUCUAUGAAAUCCGCGCCAUUGAAUCCCUCCCUCAUGAUAGAGUGAAGCAUUUUGAUGACACACAGACUGCAGGUCACGACCUGCUGGGAGAGAUGUCCCUGUGCGAGCUGAGGGAGCGGCUCACUCUCCUCAAGGAUGCGCAGCAGGCGGAGCAGCAGGAGAAACGGGUGCAAAUCCUGGAGGAGAAGCAGAACAAGAAGCAGAUGCUGUUGGAGCAGUUAGACACCAAUGCCCUCCACAGCAGAGCAUUGGCACAGGCUGCAUCCAUCAGGAGAGAGGAGAGGAAAGGCAGACUGGGUAUUCGGCAGGUGGUCCCUCAGGAUGAGACAGUUUUGGCUUUGCAGAGGAAGCUUGAAGAGAAACAACAAGAGCGCCAAAGACUGAGGCAAAUUGAGAGUCAGAGGAGCAAAACCUCAGAGCAAGCAUCCUCACAGUCUGUUACAGACACACACAGCAGAAAGGAGAAAACCUGGGAGGAAGUGGAGCUGAUUUUAGAGCAUCAUAUCCAGAUGGAAACUCCUCAUGUUGUUCUUUGAUGGAAGCAUUCAAGACUUAAAUAUGUUGCAACAUCUUUCCCAUGGCUUGAAUGCUUUAUUUAGGCCUGAAAGAGUUAUGUUUGUUGCAAGACAUGUGGCAUAAUCAGCUUUUCAUCUUCGGUUAUGUUAUUAAUUUCACACAUUUUCAUUAAAAUUGCUGGAGAAAGUAUUUAAAUUCAAAGUGUUUCAUUUCAAUAAAUAAACUGAUUAAUUAAACUGAUUAUCCUGUACUAUGACUGUAGGCUAAAUUCUACUGUAACUGUCACUCUGAGAUUUUUUUUCACAUCUCCUCAAAGUAAAUUCCUCCCACCCGUGUGUCGUGAAAAGGGAA